AUGACUGAAGAACUAGACAAAGAGGUUUUGGACAGUGUUGCAGAAAUCGACAAACUUUAUACAGUAUUUGAUGGAGCGUCUCAAGAAGAUGUGGCAUAUGCAAAGGUUUUCUGGAGCUCGCUUUCCCUGCAGCCACCAAUAGAGUCUCGGCUGGUUUCUGCAGACAUCAGGCAGCGGUUGAACGUUGCGAAGACCCCGAACUCCACAAAUGCUACUGCAAAGCAAGCGUCAUGGUCAAAGAGGGAUGAUGAAAUCCAGCAGGAUGCUUACUUAAAGCAAAAGGAAGAGGAGAGACAGAAAUACAUGGAGAUGGUGAGGUCUCA